ACUGGCCGAGGGGGGCGGGCGACUGGAGGAGGGGGUGACGGGGCCCGGCUCAGCACCUCGGAGAGCUCCCUCCCCGGCCUUGUUUUGCUCUGGCAUCGCUGCCGGGGGAGGGAGCAAGGGGGCCGGGCACCGGGCGCAGAGGUAGGGGGAUGGCCAUGGAAGGGUUGAGGGGCCGCGGCGGACAGAGGGCCCAGCCGUGAUCCAGCGACGGGUUUGGGGCUCCGGGAGGGGUGGGGGGCAGCGGGCGGCGGCAGCAGUGGCCGUACAUCUGGAUGGAAGCGAGCUUUGUCCAGACCACCAUGGCUCUGGGGCUAUCCUCCAAGAAAGCAUCCUCUCGCAACGUGGCUGUGGAGCGUAAGAACCUGAUCACCGUAUGCAGGUUCUCUGUGAAAACGCUGCUGGAGAAGUACACAGCGGAGCCCAUCGAUGACUCAUCAGAGGAGUUUGUCAAUUUUGCAGCCAUUUUAGAGCAGAUCCUCAGCCACCGCUUCAAAGCCUGUGCCCCAGCAGGUCCAGUGAGCUGGUUCAGCUCAGACGGGCAGCGGGGCUUCUGGGACUAUAUCCGGCUGGCCUGCAGCAAAGUGCCCAACAACUGUGUGAGCAGCAUCGAGAAUAUGGAGAACAUCAGCACAGCCCGGGCCAAGGGUCGGGCAUGGAUCCGGGUGGCACUGAUGGAGAAGCGCAUGUCAGAAUACAUCACCACGGCUCUGCGCGACACCCGGACCACCAGACGGUUCUACGACUCUGGAGCCAUCAUGCUGCGGGACGAAGCCACCAUCCUCACCGGAAUGCUGAUCGGACUGAGCGCCAUCGACUUCAGCUUCUGUCUAAAGGGGGAAGUCCUGGACGGGAAGACCCCCGUGGUCAUCGAUUACACGCCCUACUUAAAGUUUACACAGAGCUACGACUACCUGACCGACGAGGAGGAGCGGCACAGCGCCGAGAGCAGCACGAGCGAGGACAACUCGCCCGAGCACCCGUACCUGCCGCUCGUCACCGACGAAGACAGCUGGUACAGCAAAUGGCACAAGAUGGAGCAGAAGUUCCGCAUCGUCUACGCGCAGAAGGGCUACCUGGAGGAGCUGGUGCGUCUGCGCGAGUCGCAGUUGAAGGACCUGGAGGCGGAGAACCGGCGGCUGCAGCUGCAGCUGGAGGAGGCGGCGGCGCAGAACCAGCGCGAGAAGCGGGAGCUGGAAGGCGUGAUCCUGGAGCUGCAGGAGCAGCUGACAGGUCUGAUCCCCAGUGACCACGCCCCUCUGGCCCAGGGUUCCAAGGAGCUCACUACACCCCUGGUCAACCAAUGGCCCUCACUGGGAACGCUUAAUGGGGCCGAGGGCGCCAGGAACUCCAAGCUCUACCGGAGACACAGCUUCAUGAGCACGGAGCCCCUGUCAGCUGAAGCCAGUCUGAGCUCGGACUCCCAGCGCCUGGGAGAGGGCACACGGGACGAGGAGCCCUGGGGUCCCAUCGGGAAGGACCCCACGCCCUCCAUGCUGGGCCUCUGCGGCUCCCUGGCCUCCAUUCCCAGCUGCAAGUCCCUGGCGAGCUUCAAAUCCAACGAGUGCCUGGUGAGCGACAGUCCCGAGGGCAGCCCGGCACUGAGCCCCAGCUGAGGAACGGCAUGGGCAGUGCUAGCCCCACCUGCCAGGGGCCAUGGACACCUGCCACCUUUCUUCAACAAGAGUCCCCCAGUCCAGGCUACCCUUGCAGAGAACGCUGCCCACCGAGCCAGGGUUCUCUCGGGGAAGAUCCCCUCUGCUCACCUUAGCUUCCUUGCCUGUGGCAGCACGGGCUGCGGAGGAAAGCAGGCUGGGCCAGGAGGCAGGGGUGCCCAAGCCACAGGAAGCCCCUGGGGAAGCCUGCUCCAUUCUUCUGGUGACCCUGGCACUCCCUCACUCAUCUCCCCUUCCCUGUCAGGAGCUGGCGGCCCAGCUUCCACACCCCCACCUCCGAGUCUCUAGCCUCUCCAUCUGUCCCUGUGUAUGCCCUGGAGUCACUCCUUCCUCAGCCCCCAGGACAGGAGCUCUGCAGGGGAUCAGGCAAAUAAAAACCAGAGGACUGA